GGUUGAUGGUGGAUCAAUUCCGAGAGAAUAUACAUACAAGUUUUUAUGUGAUGUGCUGAACUGUGCAGAAGAGGCCAAUUUGCUGGAUGAUGAACUGCGUAGGAGAAUUGAAGAUGGUAUUAAGAAUAGAUAUAGGUAAUUGUAUUAUGCAAGUUUGGAAUUAUGGAUCAACAUUUCAUCCAUGCAAAUGCCCUCUAUGUUAUCGUCAAAUUACUUUGUUGAUUCCCAGUCAGGCUUCGUCACAGCUACGUAAUAAUUCUCAAGUUGCUGAUAUUCUAGGAAGGGUUGAAACAUACAAUCGUCAUUUUGGUCAACGUUCAAAUGGUCUCUAUCAGAGGCUGCAAGAUCUUCCGUUUCUUCUUCGGAGGCCGUUACGAGAACUGAUGUAUCCUCAAAGAUCUCUUCCACUAGUUAUCAGGGCACACGUUUAUUUAACAUUUCGUAUUCUCUGCUCCUUUGAGAAUUUCAAAGCUCCAUUGAUUCUCACCCAUGGCCGACUCGAACUCAUUGAGAGAAGGUAAAGAUACUCUCAAACGGUUUGGUGCAUAUUAUAUUUAUCAUUUAAUUAGUAUCUAAAUCUUAUACUUUUUAUAUCGAACAUUUGUUUUGAUUCCGGGUUUCGGUUUUUAAAAUUAUUUUAGAACGUAAAACUGGUUUACAAAUUAAAUAUAAAGUUUGUAUUUAAUUGAUUGUGCAGUGCAAUUCAACAAGUAUUCCCAGAUUUGACAAUCACACAAUUAAUUAAACUAUAAUAUUUGAACAAACAACCAGAAACCACAAAAUAUGCAAGCUGAUAAUUUAAAACAAAGAAGAACGGUAAUGAAACACUAAGAGUGUUGCUUACUAUAUGAAAGUGUAUGCAUGAAUAGAGCUGGUGAUUAGAGAUUAUCCAGCAGUGUUUUGAUCAAUUUAAUUAGAAUCAAUUGAGACACAAAAGAAGAAUUUUCGGGCUCGACGCCAUGGAGUUAGGAUUCGUAUAAUCUAGAACAAUGGGUAUUUGUGUCUUUUUCAUUUUUCAUUUGACAAAUGAAGAAUAAUAUACUCCAAUAGAGGGCAUAAGUGCAAUUUCGUCAAAUUUUUGUAACAGAGUCUGACGGACAUUACUGACAAGGGAGUUGGUGUAAUUAUGAAAACCACGAGGGAACGCAGUGUAAUUCUAACCUCAGAGGAGGUGAGUGUAAUUUACCUAGGAAAUAUUACUAACAAGUCCUACUUUUCCUUUUAAAAGACUUACAAGUACUAACAAUUUUCGAUAAGACAACUAAAUCCUACUUUUUAAUAAGUGGUUACACAUUAUUUUUAAAUCUCUCAAAUACAUUUUUACCCUUUGUAAUUUGUAGUUAUAGUUUUUUGAGUUCAUUAUUAGUUUUUUAGUUCAAAAUUUUACAUUUAUUCUUUUACGUUCUUGUGAAGUUUCAUUUAAUUACUCAGUAUUGAUUUAUGACUCAAAACAUUUAAUUUAAUUCAAUUCAAUAUAGAAAAUCUUGCAUAGUUAUUUCGUUAUGACGUUGAUAAAUUUUGCCACUGAAAAUUAAAAAUACCAUAAAAGACAAUCGCUUAAAUGUUAUUAAAUUAUUUGAACAAAUAAAUAGAUAUCUUUUAUACAUCAUGAAAGAAUUACAAUGAUGGAAAAUCAAAUUGCUCAAAAAAAAUAUAUUAAAUAUGUUUAGAUAGUUAAUUAAAAAAAAAAAAAAAAAAAAAAAAAAGAAAGGUGUUGGAUUUUAUAUUAACUUUUCAAUAUAAAUUGUAAUUUCAAAAUAUAUUUUGAAUGGAUAUGGAUAAAAAGGUUUUAGAAGUAGCAUUUAACUAUCUUGUUGAAACUUGAUAGGACUUAUUGGUAUUUUAAAUGAAAAGUAAUACUUAUUGGUAAUUUUUCCUAAAUCAUAAUACAACGAGGAAAGUGAACACCAUAGACAAGCAUCAUUCAUCUCCUCCACCCAAGGAUCACUGACAAUAACCACAUCAGAGAAGUCUCAGUUCCGUGAAGCAUCCAAUCUCUGUUAGCAUGUCAGUAAGUAUACUAGCAGAAAAGGCUUGUUGAUAAAUAUGAGAAAAAGGAACACGGUUGACCUAGAAACAAAUCCUCGACUAGUGCUCAAGUACUCUGUAUUGACUAGUGCUGAAGUACUCUUUAUUUUUUCAUUCUUUUAGUAAUGCUUCCUCAAAACCGCACAUUCAAGAGUAGAAGCGAUGCCAUAUUUGAAGACAUACGAGCUGUCACUUUUGCUGAUCUUGUGAUACACAAUUCACCUACUAUUUCUUUGUACUAAGCCCCUUCGAGCCACCAAAAUUUUAUUUUCAAUAGGCAAGGAGGAUUUCACACAACAUGGGUGUACUCUUUCAUACCUUAGCUUCUAGGAUUUUUUCCAAGGAGAAGUUUUUGUUGUUGGGGUAAGGUAAGUAAUUCAAUUCAAGGAGAACUUAGUGCCAUCAAUUUUUGUUUCAUCAAUACUACAAAUAGAUUUUUCUAUCAUACAAAAAAUUAUUAGGAGGAUGACCAUUAAAAGCAAAAUGUUUCCUAUGGUUCCAAAAAAAAUAAGGGGAUACGACAUUUUUAAAUAAUUGAAAAAAAUACUUGUGAGCAAUUAUUUGUUGUUGUAUGUCCUCCGUAUUUAUUUUAGUUAAAGAAAUUUAUUGAUACUGGAAAGGAUAAGCAGGUUAAAAAUGUGGAAAUGGUGACAACUAUUUCAAUUAUAAACUUUAGUCUGUUGAUCCAGCUCCGGGCAUUGGGGCAUCGUAAAAUUUCUUCUAACUUUGACAGCCUUUCUUGGCAGAGUAGAGUGCAUCUGAUAGAUUACAUCUGAGGGUGAAUUAGUUGUUAGGAAUGGACUGAUUGAUUUGCCAAAACCUGUCCCAUCUAACCAAAUUAGAAAAUAAAUAAAUAGAACUCCCACCAAUUGAUUGCAGAAAAAUAUGGGAGAAAAUAACUGAAUUCCAAUUGUUAGAUGAUUUGCCCGAUGCAGGUUUGCUCCCACCUCGCCGUAGUAAGCUUACGUACACCUGUAUAUAUUGCAUCGGCAGCUGACUGAUAAGUCUGCAAUUCUUUUAACUGCCCGAUGAUGUGAUUUCCCAUGGCCAUGAAGCGUGAAUGGAUGACAAACUUAUUUUCUCUAUAUAAUUAAUUCGAUGUAUUCUCAAUUUGAUGAUCAUUGAUUAUUUUCUUACAGAUUGUUGUGUGUUUCUUUGU